CGACUUUAGCCGGGGCGACAAUUUUAUUUCACCUUUAGCCCGCCGCCGCCGCUGCCUCCACGAGUCAUCCGACACGCUGCAUGGACGUUGCUGGAAUCUCUCGUUUGGCCAGUUUCGAAUUUUACUCGAUGAUCCGGAAAGUUGAUAGGAUGGGAAGAAUUUGGAGCGGUUAGAUUGGAUUUUAUCGGACCGAGGUUCUUGAACAUAUACAGCAGAGAGAAAGAAUCUAUCGAUGUCACGAGUAUCCUUAGAGGUACCUUGCGUAAAUAAUGUUCAUGGGAAUUCUAUUACCGAGCUAGUCGGACUCGAUCGUCUGAUAGAAUAAGAAGAGAAAUAUUGCUGAUCGUAGAGUGACAAAGAAACUGGAAAAUAGAUAUCGUAUAGAACCUAAGUUAGUGUUGUGGUGCGACAAGGAUCAACCAUGAGAUGUGUUCCCAAUCGAUUGUACUGUUGUCAGAAUUAUGUGCAUCUCCGUGUAGAUAUUAUAAUCCACUGAAUAAGUAAACAAACUUUAUUCGUCGAGCCUUGUGUACAAGAAUAGUUACGGUGAUGUUCCAAUAGCAAGUUAGGAAUCCAAGUGUAUCCAAGGACAUAUUGCAAUAGAAAGAAGAAAUAACACAAUCGCGCGAUGGAGUAACCUUUCGCAAGAUGUAUUUUGAAAUUGAAUUCACGUGUACUGGAGAAUCAUUUCGUGUCUCGAUUAAGCAGUAGUGUGUUUACGAACGUUCACCACCGAGAUUCUUUCGCCCGAAACGACAAGCAAAUCAAACGCUAGUCCGAUCCAGGAGCAUACUUUGGAUUUUCCACGAUGGACUCGCAGCAGCUCGUUGAUACCGCAUCUCAGAACAGCCAGGACAUCGUGCUGCCGAAACCAGCAAGCAGUACACCUAGGCACAGCAUCGAUGCGAUUCUUGGACUGGCGAACAACAAAAGGACUCAUCAGGAAAUGGAGGAUAACGCUCGCGACGCACAGGAAAACACAGGUGAGAACAGCUGCAAUUCCACCGGCGGUGGCAGCGACGAGGAACUCGGAGCAGGCUGCGGGGACGAUUUGAACGGGAACGGCGGCAAGAAGAAGCAUCGUCGAAACAGGACGACCUUCACCACUUACCAGCUGCACGAGCUCGAGAGAGCCUUCGAGAAGUCUCAUUAUCCGGACGUGUACUCCAGGGAGGAGCUCGCUAUGAAAGUCAAUCUUCCGGAAGUGCGCGUCCAGGUGUGGUUUCAGAAUAGGCGAGCAAAAUGGCGUAGACAGGAGAAGAUGGAAGCCGCGAGACUCGGCCUCAGCGAGUACCAUCAUCCAGCCAAUAUGAGAAACGUAGCUGGCCCGGCUUUGGGUCUACCAGGAGAUCCUUGGCUCACUCCUCCAGGCCUAUUAAGCGCUCUUCCUGGCUUUCUGGCUGCACCUCACACAGGAUAUCCCAGUUAUCUAACGUCUCCGAGACGACUGCCGUCGCCGCCAAACGUUGGAGCCGUUGGAAGCGCAGUGCCAGGUACCCUGAGCGGAGGAAUGACGAGCAUAGGAAGCGGAGGUCACGUUGCAGCAGCGCCACCGAGUCCUCCAGGGCACGAUCCGCGCACAACGAGCAUCCAGGCUUUAAGAAUGCGAGCUAAGGAGCACGUCGAGAGCAUUACCAAAGGAUUGCAAAUGGUCUGAAGUUUAACGUACGACCCAGGAAGGCAGUAUGAAUCCAAGUACAGGCUGGCUGUGGCCACGCUUCUAACACCGCGGGCGUGACGAGAAGCGAAACUACCGCUUUCUCUACGACUGGACCCUUUCAGAACGAAGACACUGUCCGGUAACAGGCAGACGGAUCGACAAAUACGUUCCUCUCGUCCCUCUUUCUACGGUCGGUGAACGACUUCAUGAACUGGUCGUUUUUAUUCCGACGUUGAAGCCGUUUUAUCGGUUAUCGAAUACGCCGAAGAGUACAGGAGCGAAUAAUAACGUUCGCCGAGAGAAAGGGACGAUCAACGCGUUCGAGUACUAAUUUUCAGUGGUAAUCGAGAACGAGAGGAGGGGAAGGCUAGUCUUUCUCUCGCUGGGCCAAGUUAUUACCCUAGCUGAUUGAUAAAUCAAAUUUGUUAUAUCGUUCUUUGAUACGGGACGAUGGAGCCGUUCGUUCGAGUCCUCUCGGCGAUGACAGAUAAAAAGCAGGAAGAAGAGAAGUUUGACUAUCGAAAAGUAUCGAGCUCGAAUGUCCCGUUCCAUUGGGUGGUCGGUUUUUCGGUACCGUGUAUGAACUAGUUGAGGAUUAUAGUGCAAUAAACGAGAAAAAAAGUAAGAGGUUCAGAGACUUUUCGUAGUGCGUUGCGGAUGGAGAAUAGCUGUAAGAUGCAAAGACGAUUCGUUUCAGUUAGCUCGAGAGCCACGAAGGAUCCCCUCCCUUAACUUCCUGAACGAUACGAGCUCAGUAAGUAAUAUAUUAAGUAUAAUUUUAAACGAGGUUAAAGAUCGCGAGAAACGAUGUUCGAAUCGGACCGUGCGGACAAGUGUUUUGUUUUGCGCGCGUUCUGAGAUGCGAUUGACGAUCUGGCACGUUCAAACGACAAAUAUGUAUAGAUUCGUGACGUAAAAGCCACGAGUUACGAUAAGAACGUAGACGGCACUUUCGACUGGAAAUUAAAUGCUCCUCAAAUUUGGAACACGAUUCCGAAAUUUACAUUUAUUACGCUCGUGUUCUAAAUUUAAUCGUUGACAGAAAUUUCGGUCGGAAGAUUACAUCUGGUUUGCGAACCACUACGAUAAAUAACAUCGAGCUUCGCAGUUUCAAAGUAACAAUCACCGAAAGCUACGAAUCAAAAGUCGAAAAUCAACCCGGUGGAAACCAGUUAAUUCAAAGAAUGUCCAGUACUUAAAAUCCUUUCAACUUCCAUCUGAAUCUCAAUCAUGGUGUCACGAAAGCCGAAAAUGUUCCUUCGAAUCAGGCGUUCGAAGUACGUUUCCCGGGAUUACGGAAUAUUAUUAGAACAAGACGAAUCACGUGAGCGGAGUGGCAGUUGCUCGAGUUGAUUCAGUGGGCGUUCAAAUAUGCAAAAUGGCUAUGUCGACGAAAUGAAUCGGUACAGACCGCGAAGGGUCAGUGGCCGGUGCCAGUCGAAGCGAUCGUUUUCUGGUGUUCGCUGGUCUUGUAUCGAAAAUGCGAUUAGCAUAAUUGUUUGAUAAUCAUGUACCUCGGAUAGAACGAGCGCGAAACCAGCGUUGACAAGACUAAAAGAAAUAUUUGCUAUUUUAUGAACGACACUUGCCGCUCAUUCGAAACGUAGACGAGAGACCAUGAGAAAUCGAGCGAAGAAUAACUAAGAUAAAUAGCUCGCGUGAACGAUCGUUCGAUUAAUUGUCGAAUGAACGUAAAGCGUCGAGCGUCUUGUUUUUAACGAGGCGAGAUUCUUCCAAAAUUUGUUAGCGAGUCGCUCGAUCGAAACGGAUCGGGUUAUUGCGGCGAACCCUCACAGACUAGAUCAAUAUUUCUUGUAGCAUAGAGAUUCGAAAAGAUCCGGAGUGAGGAGACGCAUUUUGACAUAAACAAUAUUCUGCAGUAUUAAUACGUUAAGGCGAAGAAUUGUGCAUAUAGUUACGUAAUAAACGAUUACGGUAUGCAGAUACGAUCAUGUUGGAGGGGGACUGGCCAGAUCUACGUUGGAAUCAAAGAGCUUGAUCGGAAAAAGAAAGGUCAAAGUGGCUUUAGUACCAAUCUUAUGUUGAUAUAUAGAAAAUGAAUUUGUGUAGAUACAGAAAUAGUUGUCUUUUAGAUAGUACAACUUCCAUAACUCGUCCCCUAUUUCCUUUAUUUCGUAUUUCAAUGAGAUAUAUAAAUAUCGUUAUAUCCAUCAAACUGGUUGAUUCCAAUACCGAGUGUUCGCGUGACGAUGAUUCCUCUGCCAGUCAGCUUCCAUGAAGCGGCGUGAGAAAACUAAGUAGAGGGUGAAAGAGAGAACGUAGACAAGUU